AGUAAAGACUAAAAAGAGUGAAACUCUUUCGACGGUUGCAAUGGCGUCCAUAUCUCUUUCCUUAGCUGCAAUAUCUUCUUCAAAAGCUUUGGUCUCUCACCAAAAGACACCCUCCAUUGCCAGCCUCAAACCCCAUAAUACGACCUUAUCAUGUUCUUUACUGGGUACCAGCCUAAGACCAACACCAUUGACCACAACCAGAGGAAAGGCCUCUUCUCCUAUUAAGAUCACUUGCUUAGCUUCUUCUUCUUCACCUCUUCCCUCUGCACUUUUAUUUGACUGUGAUGGAGUCCUUGUUGAUACUGAGAAAGAUGGCCACCGUAUUUCUUUCAAUGACACUUUCAAUGAGAAAGAAUUGGGUGUUACUUGGGAUGUUGAUUUGUAUGGGGAGCUGCUCAAGAUUGGAGGUGGGAAAGAGAGAAUGACUGCCUACUUCAACAAGACGGGUUGGCCAGAAAAAGCUCCCAAGAGUGAAGAAGAGAGGAAGGAUUUCAUUGCUUCACUUCACAAGAGAAAGACUGAGUUGUUCAUGGCCCUUAUUGAGAAAAAACUACUGCCUCUUCGAUCCGGUGUAGCUAAGCUGAUUGAUCAAGCUUUGGCAGAAGGAGUCAAAGUUGCUGUAUGCAGCACAUCUAAUGAAAAGGCGGUCUCUGCAAUAGUAAGUUGCUUACUUGGACCUGAGAGAGCAGAGAAGAUCAAGAUAUUUGCAGGAGAUGUUGUCCCUCGCAAGAAGCCUGAUCCAGCUAUUUAUAAUCUGGCAGCCGUCACCCUGGGUGUUGAUCCUUCAUGCUGUGUUGUGGUGGAGGACAGUGCCAUAGGCCUUGCUGCUGCCAAAGCUGCUGGAAUGACAUGCAUAGUAACUAAAAGCGGAUACACAGCAGAUGAGGACUUUUUAAAUGCUGAUGCAGUUUUUGACUGCAUAGGUGAUCCUCCAGAGGAGAGGUUUGACUUGGCAUUUUGCAAAAGCCUUCUCGAGAAGCAGUAUGUUAGCUAAGCCAUAUGUUAAUUUGCUUACAACAUAAUGUACAAUAAUGUAGUUUUCUUAAGAUUAUAUUUUUUUGGGUAAUAAUUCAAUAAAGUGUAAUCAAGGUUGCUAAUUUGAUUGGCAAGCCAAAUAAUUGUAAUCAUGAGCUGAGGUCUCUUGUCUAUAUAUAUUCUGGAUGGAUGUAAUAAAAGGUUGAUUAUUUGGUA